CUUCAGCUAUGACUAUUGUGGGGGCUUGAGGCACCUAAAUCCGCUGUUAUCAAUCGACCGCCCUUCAUUUCCGGAUCCAAGUGUUUGGGUUUCGUGCAACACAAUUGAAAUUUGAAAUGCUCAAUAAAAUUUUCAUCCAAAAGUAGUCACUUUCCAUGUCGUAUAGUCUCCAAUUGUUUCAAUCCGUCCAUUUUUGGUGGAAUUUACACUUUGAGAUUGUGAAUACUUGGCAUUGUUGUACUGGAGCUCUUCUGAGAUCUUUAAGUGAGAAAACAAUGAUCUGGGUGGUGACCAAGGUGAGGUUUUAGGCCUGGAUUUGAAGUCUCUGAAGAUUUUGCUGAAGUGGGGGGUCUUUCUGGGGGCAAUAUUUUGUGGUUUUUUGGUUUUCUGGUGCAAGAGGGUGCUUGCGGUGGAGGAAGUGGUGAAUGCAAGGUACGGAGUGAUUGAGGAAUGCGUGGCCUAAGGUUAGUGUUAUUUUGAGGUGUUCAUUUCUCUCUUUUUCCUUCUUAAUUUUGAUGACAUGUUUAGUGUUUUGGCCAAUCUCCCCUACCUGCCUAUGAACCAGCCUUUGACUGGGAAAAUGAGAGGUCAAUGAUAUUUGGCCAGAGGACUCCAGAGACCCCUGUGGUACACCAUGGCAGUGGAUUGAAGAUCUCUGUAAAAGUUCUGCCCCUUGCGUUUCAACCUGGAAUCGUUGAGCCAUUCUAUGGUACAAUUUGCUUACACAAUAGGGAGAGAAGAGAAAAAUUGUCAGAAGAUUUCUAUUUUAGCAUUCUACCAACUGAAAUGCAGGAUACUAAUAAAGUAUCUUCAGAACCUCGUGGACUUUUCUAUUUAGAUGCUCCGUCAGCAUCUGUGUGUCUACUAAUCCAAUUAGAGAAGCCUGCAACAGAAGAAGGGGGAGUGACUCCUUCUGUUUAUUCAUGUAAAGAACCUGUAUGUAUGAAGAACUUAUAUGUUUCCAUCUUGUUCAUCUUCAAUCUGACCUCUGAUUAAAUGUGACAAAAUUUCUCUUGUGCUGGCUUGUUUGUUGGCUUGCUUGUUACCUGGCAGCAAGAUUUUUACCUGUUGGCUUGCUUGUUAUCUGGUGGCAAGAAUUUUAACUAUCGCCCCCUCAUCAUCUGUCUUUCAAUUGGUUUUUACUGUAGUUCUUACUGUGGAAAAUAAUGGCUCUGCAUCCCCUAGAUAAGUUAGCUAAUCAUUGGCAUUGCAAUUAAUGCUUGAUAUUUUAGUUUUUGGGCUAGGGUGAUUAACCAUUAGCUGAGAUGGUGGAGCAUUUGGUCUUUCCUUACAGCAAGAUAAUUGUGAAAUUAGUAAUUCUUCAGUGGAUUUUCAUCCAUACUGAUUUUCAUCCAUAUUCAUUCAUAUAUGCUCCUACUGCUACAUAUUACCAUACUUCCUUUUAUCUAUGCUUCCUUACACAUUAUAAAUGACUUCUAUUUUGCUUGCAUUGAUCCUUUUGUUACUCUAAUGUUUUGGAUCAGUUGAUUAUGAAAUUGUUUUUCAUAGGUGAUUAGAAUUCAAUGUUUUGGUACGUCUAGUAGAGGGUAGGGGAGGCUAUGGAAAAUGGGCUUUUUGUAUGUCAAAUGUAAUUAUAUGUCAAUGGGUUAGCUGAGCUUUAGAAGGUUUCUGUUCAUUUAGAGCUUUACAUUUUUUGUGAAACAAAUAAUGAUGUAAUUCUAACUUGUGAACCAAAAUUUGCUUUCAACUGGAGGUUGUACUGAUCAACUUAUGGAAUACUUCAUCAAACAAUACAAUUUUGUAACAUUUCUUAUCUGCCUUUGUGAUUAAGAUAUCUUCGCAGAUAAGAGGCAUGGAGGGGGUCAUUUGUGAAGUAUUUGAAAAUAUUAUCGUGUUAUACCUUGGCUUUAGCAAAUGUGCAUGCAUUUGACUGAUAAAUGCAUGGGAGCUAA